AUGGGAAACGGUGCUAAAGCUCAGCAGAAGAGGGACAGGAACGCCAAGGAUGCUAAGGGUGCUGGCGUUUCCCAGUUGAAGACCAACGCUGCUUCUUUGACCAUCCAGUGUGAUGUCUGCAAGGCCACUUUCCAGGGUACCUCCAAAAUCCCCGUCCUCCAACAACAUGUCGACUCCAAGCACCCCAAGAGCACCGUUGCUGCCUGUUUCCCCAAAGUUUCCGCCUAA